AGGAUAAACAAUCUAAACACCCCCCUAAAAUCCUCAAAUCUUGAAAAAUAUGAUAUUUUAUUGGAUGAUUUGAUAAAGAUUUCCGGUGAUACGUUUGAACAGAAAAAUAUGAUAUUUUUACGGCGGGCAAAAGGGUUUUGGUCUGUCUAAAUCCCCAAAUCUCGAAACCAAUCUCCAAUCUGAUUUUUUCCAUCAGGGUUUCCAGUGUACCUGUUUAUUUAUGCUUCUUGAUCGAAUACUGAACGAUCAAGAAGAAAAAGAAUCAUCAUCGAAGAUGGAAGGCGGUGGAGUUCUAUCUGCUACCGACCAGCAAACAAUGGUUUCCUCUUUUCUUGAAAUUGCUGUUGGCCAGACUGUCGAUACUGCCAAGCAGUUCUUGCAGGCCACAAACUGGAAGCUCGAAGAAGCUAUUCAACUUUUUUAUGUAGGAAAUGAAGUUGGAGCUGCUUCGUUAUCUCCAUAUAUUCCACCACUAGAAAAUGAGGCUGUCAUAUCCGACCAAGGUUUAGGAGUGUCGGAUAAUCACAUGGGAUCCAAUAAUUUUAUAGAAAAUGAUGGCAUUGACGUUCGUGCGCCUCUACCGGUUAAAAGGGACGUCCUCUACGACACUUCGAUGCUUUACGGUGCAUCAAGAUUGGGUGUUUCUCCACACGAACCUCAUACUACGGUUCCCUUCCGCAAUUUUGAAGAGGAAUCGAAACGUCCAGGAGUCUGGGAAGCAGACCAAGGAUCUACAUCAACGGCUGAAACUUCUAGAGAUAAUCUUGCUUCCUUGUAUCGUCCUCCUUUUGCUUUGAUGUACCAUGGAUCCUUUGAGAAGGCAAAAGAAGCUGCUAAUGCCCAAGAUAGAUGGCUCCUGGUGAACUUACAAUCUACCAGAGAAUUUAGCUCACAUAUGCUUAACCGAGAUACUUGGGCCAAUGAAGCUGUUUCUCAAACGAUCACCUCUAAUUUCAUCUUCUGGCAGGUCUGCGAUGACACCGAAGAGGGCAGCAAGAUAAGUACAUACUACAAAUUGGAUUCUGUUCCUGUUACUCUUGUCAUUGACCCUAUCACUGGUCAAAAAAUGCGCUUAUGGCGUGGAAUGAUCCAACCAGAAAGUUUGUUGGAGGAUCUGUUACAAUUUUUGGAUGGUAGCCCGAAGGAUCAUCAUUUCAACUUGUCUCAUAAACGUCCAAGAGAAAGUUCUAACACUUCGCCUCCCAAAAUCCAAGCAACUUAUGUGACUGCAGAUGAAACGGAUGAAGAGGAUGAGGAAAUGAAGCUGGCACGAGCUUUAUCGAUGGGAACAAUGGAAGAUUCGGAUGGCAUUAAAGAGAAAGAAAAGCAUAAUGUUUAUCCGCCAUUGCCUGAAGAACCGAAAGGUGAUAGGAACUUGGUUUGCAGGGUUGGAGUCCGUCUUCCAGAUGGAAGAAGGCUUCAAAGGAAUUUCUUAAGGUCUGAUCCGAUACAGUUGCUAUGGUCAUUCUGUGCUGCAAACUGUGGUGAUGAGCGGCCAUUCCGAUUGACUCAUGCAAUUCCGGGUGCGGUGAAAGAGAUGGACUACGGGAGCGUGUCGACAUUUGAUGAAUCUGGUCUUUCGAAUUCCAUGAUUUCGGUUACUUGGAGCGAAGUUUAACUGUUGUUUAGCUGCCUGCUAAACCUGGAAAUGGAGUUUCUAUUGACUUGUAUUUGUGUAUAUGCAUACAAACCCUUUGCAACUGGUAAACACUUUUAAAUUAUGAGCACCCCCUCUAUGUUUAUUGGUUUAUCAAAUGAAGGCAAAACAACCUCCAGAUUGUGCUUCAUACAUUAUCAUGUCUUUUAUUAUAUGCCCCAAAAAACAGUUAAAUUUUAUAGGAUCAUGUUUGAUUUA